UAUAUACGUACUACUGAGAAAAGAAAGAUACGAGAAGGUUUUUACUCUGAUCAAAAGAGAUGACACAGUGACACCCGUUUACUUACAAGACAAGAUAAAAUAACAAUCAAGAGAUGGCAGCACUGAACCCCAACAACCAGCAACAAGCUGACAAGAGAAUAAUAGGAUUCGAUUGUGAGUUUGUGAAGCCACCACCUUCGGAAUACAUCCAGUCACAGUGCCCAGUUUGUCUUCAGAUCAUUCGAGAGCCCCACCAGGUCACAUGCUGUGGAAAGAGGUUUUGCAAAGCUUGUAUUGAGCACAUCAAAGCCAUUAAAAAGCCGUGCCCAACUUGCAACAGGGAAUUUUCAAGUUUUUCUGACAAGGCUUUAAAACAAUCUCUCUACAGUUUGAAAGUUCGAUGCAGCCAUCAAAAAGAUGGGUGUGAGUGGACGGGGGAACUGAGACAGCUUGAAAAACACCUCAACACAGAUCCACAGCCAGAAAAACGGUUUGAAGGUUGUCAGUUUGUUGAGAUUAAUUGCAUUUGUAAUUGCGGGGACCAACUGCAACGAAAGUACAUUCUAAACCACCAAAUUAAGGAUUGCCCCAAACGAUCAUUCAGUUGUGAGUACUGCCAUGAUUACAAGUCUACCUAUGAUGAUGUCACCAACAACCACUGGCCUGUGUGUGAGUCCUUCCCUGUCCCCUGCCCUAACCAGUGUGGUUCAACUAUCCAACGUCAAAAUAUAGACAGCCAUGUUGCCGAUGAAUGCCCCCUGAUCACCAUCAACUGUGACUUCCACCACGUAGGCUGUGCUGUGAAACUCCCUCGACAAGACAUGCCAGAACACCUGAGAGAGAACCUACUCACACACAUCUCUCUAUUAGCCACCAGUCAUGCAAAGCAACAAGACAAAAUCAACAGACUGGAAGCUGAGAACAAUACUUUAAAGAGCAAACAAGGACACUUAGAACAAAAUUACCAAUCUCUGAAAGCUGAAAAUAGAAUACUUAAAACUGAAUUGGAGCCAAUGCAACAACUGCUCAAGACUGCACCUCCCAUCGUCAACUCUAGACCUCUUGGUCCACUGGAGCCCCCUGUCCUUACAAUGACCAACUUCCAACAGCACAAGAGAGAUGAUGAUCAGUGGUUCUCCCCUCCAGUCUACACCCACCAUCAGGGCUACAAGAUCUGUCUCGGUAUGGACGCUAACGGCUGGGGCACUGGUAAAGGAACAUACGUCUCUGUGCACGUGUACUUCAUGAGAGGAGAGUUUGACAAUUCUCUGAAAUGGCCGUUUCGUGGUGUGAUUUCAUAUCAACUACUGAACCAGGUCGAUGGCAAGGAUCAUGAAGCACACACACUCGUCUAUGAUGACAAAAUACCUAACAAGUACUGCAACAAAGUGACAAAAGGAGAGAAAUCAGAGGGGUGGGGACACCCAAUGUGCAUUGCUCACUCUAAACUGGAGCCCAGGCAUUUACGAAACGACACUCUUCUCUUCCAAAUACAUAAAGUAAAACUGAAGUAGUUAGUGAGUGCAAAAUACGUACUUGUACAGACAAUUAUUACAAUUAGACAAUUUAUCUGUGUAUUGUAAUAUUUAGUUCGUACAGGAUUAUAUUAUUGUUUGCUAACAA